AAACAAAUGACAUUAGCGAAUUGUUAUACGAAGUUAGUUCUUACACGAAAAAUAUUUAAAAUAGCGAGAAUUUGUAAUUUCCUAUCAACUACGUGGCUGUUAAAAUAUAUUGCUGAGCUCACACGGUUAGAACAAAGGCAGUAAUUGCAAUCGAAGCCAAGAAUUUGCUAGGUGAAGGUGAGUGAAAGCGAUGGAAAUCGGUGAAUCUAUCCCACCGAGGAAUGAUUUUGCGACCGAAGAAGAAACAGUGAACACGGCUCAUGAGCUCAGCAGAAAUCAACUUGCCGCACGGCACGCAGUUGCGAAAGAACUUCCUUAUUUCUCAGGCAAUCCGGAAGAAUGGCCUCUGUUCAUUGCUACUUAUGAGAGUGCUACCAGGAUGUGCGGUUAUAGUGAUGAAGAAAACCUACUUCGACUUCAGAAAAGCUUGAAGGGAAAAGCUCUAGAAGUAGUGCGGAGCCGUUUGUUAUAUCCAGCAGGGAUCGAAGGUGUCAUAAACACGUUAAGGACGUUAUUCGGCAGGCCGGAAGUGAUUGUACACUCAUUAGUAUGCAAGAUUCGGGAAAUGCCCGCGCCGAAGACAGAGAAGCUUGGAACUCUGAUCUAUUUUGGCGUCGCCGUCCAGUAUAUUUGUGCAACGAUCGUGGCUUGUGGUCUAAACGAGCAUCUUUGCAACGUGGCACUCCUUCAAGAGCUCAUCGAGAGAGACUGCCACCAACUAUUAAGCUCGAUUGGGCGAGAUUUCGUCAUGCACUGAAUGCUGUUACACUGUCGGACUUUAGCAAAUGGCUUGGUACGCUCGUGGAAGCGACAUGCACAGUAACGGUUCCGUCGUCAAUAAGCAGCUACGCAGGCAAACCAGAGAAACGAGGUCGAAGGGAGAAAGUGCACGUACAUGUCGAGACGAGUUCUAGUCCAUCUCUUGUUCCAGUGGUUCCUUUCAGGACUACGCCAAAGCCAGCGUUUACUCAGUGUGUCCUUUGUCACGGAGAAUGCGGAAAUCUAGGCUCAUGUAAAAUGUUUCGGGAAAUGGAUAUCGAUGCUCGGUGGGCAGCACUGAAGCAGCACAAGUUGUGUCGUAAAUGUUUGACAAAACAUUUCGGAGCGUGUACGAUUAGGAAAGCUUGCGGAAAGAAUGGUUGUACUUAUAUACAUCACCAAUUGUUACACGAUGAUUCCAGAUAUCAACGACGAGAGCUACAACAAGCAUGACUUCCUCGUGGUAGUUCAGAGACAUCCGUCGAAACCUGCAACACGCAUUCAAGUAACGUAGGAAAGGUAUUGUUUCGAUACGUCCCGGUGCUCCUACAUGGACGAGGCAAGUCUGUCAGUACGUUCGCCUUUCUGGACGAUGGUUCAUCGGUCACACUUAUGGAACACAGUUUGCUAAAAGAACUAGAUAUUCAAGGUGAACCGUAUCCUUUGUGUCUCGAUUGGACAUCAGACUAUCAACGGCAGGAAAUGAAUUCCGUUAAGCUUGGUUUAGAAAUUUCGGGAAUACACGACACUAAGGUGCAUCAGAUUCCCAAAGUUCAUACUGUCCAAAGGCUGGCAUUGCCAAGGCAGACCCUUGCUUUAGAUGAAUUGAAGCUUCGCUAUCCAUGCUUGCAUGAUCUUCCGGCGGAUUCAUAUUACAAUGUCGAACCAAGAAUAUUGAUUGGAAUCGAUAGUUGCCAUUUGGGGCACACGUUAGACAGCAGAGAGGGGAAGAAAAACGAGCCGAUUGCCACCAGAACACGCUUGGGAUGGAUAGUGUUUGGACCCUGCUCUGUAAUACCCCAAAUUAGUUACAUGGUACAUCAUAGUUUUCAUGUGUGCCAGUGUUGCGAGCGAAACGAUGCUGAGCUGCAUAAAACGGUGAAAGCAUACUUCGCCUUGGAUAGCAUUGGGAUCGGGCACAACAUCAAGCCACUCCCAUCAAAGGAUGAUGAGCGAGCGCAGCAGUUAUUGAAAUCUCUAACUCACGUUAAAGACAGAAGGUACGAGACAGGAUUGCUCUGGCGCAACGAUGAUGUCCGACUGCCUGAUAGCAAACCUAUGGCUGCGAGACGGCUGAGCUGCUUGGAGAAGAGAAUGCAACGAGACCCUGAAAUGGCUGAAUCGUUGAAGGAGAAGAUUAGAGAUUACGAGCGAUGUGGAUAUAUCGUGAGACUGACUGAGAAGCAACUAUCCAAGAAAUACCCGCGUGUCUGGUAUCUGCCAAUCUUCCCCAUAGUAAAUCCCAAUGAACCAGGAAAACUACGAAUAGUUUGGGAUUCGGCUGCGAAGGUUGCGGGAGUAUCGUUGAAUUCGUUUUUACUUACUGGGUCGGAUUUAUUCACUUCUCUGUUAUCCGUGCUUCAUCGCUUCCGCGAAUUCAGGAUUGUCAUUACCGGGGAUAUACGGGAAAUGUUCCUACAAGUGAUGAUGAAUGAAAAUGACCAACAAUGUCUGAGAUUUCUACGGCGAAACGGUGAGCUUGACCGUGAUCCAGACGUUUCUGCUAUGAAGGUGAUGAUAUUUGGGGCAACGUGUUCGCCGAGUUGCGCGCAGUAUGUCAGCCUUAUUCUGCAUUACGACGGAUCGCUUUUUCGAACGAAUGUGAUUUGCAUUCUCAAUAACGACACCAAAAUCAAACGGGAGCCUGCUUCGAUCGAACCACAUUCGUUCGAAAAUGUGAUCCGUCGUAAUGCAGAAUAAGGCUGUGUAAAAAACCAUAAUGCACAACGAUUCCAGGACCGAUUUCCAAGAGCAGCUGAAGCGAUAGUGAAGGAACAUUACGUCGAUGAUAUGCUCACUAGUGUGGAAACGGAAGAAGAGGCGAUAGAGUUGGCGAAAGAGGUCCAGUUCGUCCAUGCUGAGGCUGGUUUCGAAAUACGCAACUGGCUGUCAAACUCAAAUCAAGUACUGCGGGAGUUGCGAGCGACACCAAGUGUAAAAAGUAUGAAUCUGUUGAGCGAGAUGGGGACAGAAAAAGUUCUGGGCUUGUGGUGGUGUAUUGUUACUGAUUCAUUCACCUUCAAAGUAUCCCCAAGGAUUAACGCGGAACUACUUAACGGUCAUAUUAUUCCGACAAAGAGGCAGAUCUUAAGCACGCUAAUGACGAUCUAUGAUCCUUUGGGAUUCUUGGCAAACUUCUUAUGUUUCUGAAGAUAUUGCUUCAGGAAAUAUGGCGUAGCGGUGUGAAUUGGGACGAGCCAAUCAACAGUGAACAACGGGAGAAAUGGUUGACCUGGGUGCAAGUUCAUCCGUAGAGAUGGUUAGGGUGCCCAGAUGUUACCGGAUGAGGAGUAGCAUCAGUGAACGAAAUUCGAUUCAGCUCCAUGUCUUCGUUGAUGCGUCUGAGAAUGGAGUUGCUGCGGUAUGCUGUCUGCGUUUCGAAGAAGGUGGCGUUGUGGAAUGUGCACUAGUCGGGGCAAAAACAAAAGUAGCUCUACUGCGAUUUGUGUCAAUACCCAGACUGGAACUGCAGGCAGCAGUAAUCGGCGCCCGCUUGGCGAACAGCAUCACGGAGUCGCACAAAUUAAAACCUACGCAACGAUUCUUUUGAACGGAUGCACUAGAUGUUCUUUGUUGGCUAAACUCUGAUCACCGGAAAUAUAGCCAGUUUGUAGCGGUACGAAUCAGUGAGAUGUUGGAGUUGACGGAACCACAUGAAUGGAACUGGAUCCCAUCAAAAUUGAACGUUGCGGACGAGGCUACAAAAUGGCAAAAGUUACCGGAACUGGAUCCUACAAGUCGUAGGUUUCGUGGACUGGAAUUCCUGUGGGGCCCCAAAGAAGGUUGGCCUGAAAAUAUAUCAAAAUUUGGUGACAAUAGAAGAAAAACGUGUAAAAGUACUACAUCACUUCGAAGAACGUGCGAUAUUCGAAUGGGAGAAAUUUUCCAGAUGGAAACGGUUGCUACGUCAUGUGGCUUUUGUGAAACGAUUCCCAGCUAAUAUACACAAGAAAAUCGUCAAACAACCUGUUGAAAGCGGUCCACUAUCCCAUGAGGAGCUAAAAGAAGCAGAGCUGACUAUACUUAAGUUCGUUCAAGAUUCCGAGUUUGCCAGAGAGAUUCAACACUUAAGGAAAUCUAAUCCAUUGCCAUGGAAGAACGUGUUGCCCAAAAAUAGUUCAUUGUACAAGCUUAGCCCAAUUCUUGAGGUAGAUGGGUUAGUUCACAUGAAAGGUCGCAUAGAUGCUUGCGAAUUUGUGGAAGAGUGUACGAAACGCCCGAUAUUGCUGCCUAAGUGCCAUCCAGUUUCGGAUCUUAUUAUCGCCAGCAUUCACCAACGAUACUGCCACAUGAACCAGCAGACGGCGCUCAACGAAAUCAAGCGUCGGUUCUAUUUUCCAAAUUUCGUUCGGUGUAUAAUCGUGUUCGUAAGAGAUGCCAGCUUUGCAAAAUCCACAAGGCAAAACCAGCCGUCCCUGAAAUGUCCGCUCUACCACCAAUGCGGUUGAAAGCCUUUUGUCGGCCGUUUUCAUAUGUAGGCAUUGAUUAUUUUGGGCCGAUGCACGUGGCUGUUGGCAGACGCACCGAAAAACGUUGGGGUGUGUUGAUUACUUGUCUCACUGUUCGAGCAAUACACCUCGAAAUUGCGCACACCCUCAUAACAGAUUCAUGCAUCUUGGCCAUUAGGAAUUUCAUAGCCAGAAGAGGUUCCCCCUUGGAGAUAUUUAGCGAUCGCGGAACGAAUUUUGUUGGUGCAAGCUGUGAAUUGAAACAGGCACUACAGUAGAUAGAUCAGAACAAGCUGAUGGAACAUUUCACUACAACGGAUACAAAAUGGUCAUUCAACCCGCCAGCUUCUCCGCACUUUGGUGGCGCAUGGAAACGCCUCGUUCAGUCAGUGAAGAAAGCCUUGAAACACCUACAACUCACACGCACACCUACCGAUGAACUAUUAAGAAACAUGUUGGCAGAAAUCGAACUAAUUAUCAAUUCUAGACCGUCAUCAGACGGUUCUAAGCCACCGGUCACAUUCGAAGACAGUAGCUACGCCCUGAAGCACACAUGGAAGAUGUCGCAGGUCUACGCAAACAGGUUCUGGAAACGCUGGAUAGCUGACUACCUGCCAACGUUAACGAGGAGAACAAAAUGGUUUUGUCCGGCGAAACCCAUAGAAGUGGGAGACAUUGUCGUGUUGGUGGACGAGACACUUCCAAGAAAUUGUUGGCCGAAAGGACGAAUCAUCGACGCCGUCCGGUCUUUUUCUCGCGAAGAAAAUGUUUUCACGAGCAAGGUGAAAAUCACGCGAUCGGUCGGCCUGAAACGAAAUUUUAAACGGAAGUCAUCCGGAAACGAAGCAGCGAUGGAUGAAGAGAGGACGCAUCGCGUAUACCUGUUCGACGGCACGAACUUCUCAAACCGGAGCUACCGGAUGGAAGCACACCUUGAAGAGUCUAGCGGAAGAAAAGUAGUUUGUCAAUUUGGCAGAAGAUACCGUAGAAAUAAAAGAGAAGGAAAUACUGCGUGAAUGGCGGAAACAACAGGACACCAAAGGCAAAUCCGGCCCUGAUCCAAAAAAGCGGCGGCUUAGCGGCGAUUUCAUCAAAGGGAAUGCGUCCAUGAAAGAGAUAUGGAAUACAUUAGAGCGGCUAUUUGAAAAGAAAGGAGUUGCUGGAAUCUUCUACUUGCUCGUUCGCUGGAAGAGCACAUAAUAACGUUCGAAAGGAAUAUUCGAGAUCUGGAGUCCGCUGGAGUAAAAUUCGAUGAAAAAGCGGUCGUUUUCAAUUUGCUACAAUCGAUUCCCAAGUCAAACGAUCAGUUGAUUACGGUGCACAGCAUUUUCGGUAGAAGCGAAAAAGGCAAAAAUUGCUCACGUUGAACAUGAUGUGGCAUUUGGGCUGGUU